AUGGUCCUCGGCUGGCUGCUGCUUCUGGUGAUGGUUCUGGCCCCCGGCACGACGGGCGUCAAGGACUGUGUCUUCUGUGAGCUGACCGACUCCACAAGCUGUCCGGGCACCAGCAUGCGCUGUGGCGACGACGAGGACUGCUUCACGGGCCACGGGGUGGCCCCUGGCAUCGGCCCCAUCAUCAAUAAAGGCUGCGUGCACGCCACCUCGUGCGGCCACGAGGAGCCCAUCAACUACAUGGGCGUCACCUACAGCCUCACCACCAACUGCUGCAAUGGCCACAUGUGUAACGGGGCCCCUGACCCCACGCGCGGCCGGUUGGCGGGGGCCGCUGCCAGCCUGGUGCUGGGUGUGCUGCUGCUGCUCCGACACGUGCCAUGA